AUGACCUCGAAGUCUCCUACCGACGGCCAGACGCCCACGGCGACGACGACGGACGAUGGGAAGCGCAAGGCAGAGCCCAACACGGGGACGCAGACGCGGACGAAGAGGAACAGAUACAUCUCGCUAGCAUGCAACGAGUGCAAGCGGCGCAAGAUCAAGUGCAACGGCCAGGUGCCCUGCCAGCGAUGCGGGCAUUUAUCUCUCGAGUGUCUCUAUUCGCCGAAUUGCUGUCAAAGCAACUUCAAGGAUUCUGAGGAAUUCCGAUCUAUGAAAGAUCGUAUUGAGCGCCUUCAGGAACAGGUGAACACGCUAUUCGAGAGCAUCAAUGGCCUCCACCGACAGACCGAGUCGCCGGCCGUUGAUACCAACUCCCAGCUAAGCCGCGAGGCAUCGAGGUCGAUAUCCUGGCAUCAGCCCACAUUCGAUACACAGAACAUUCCGAUAGCGAAGCCGAGGGCGAAACAUCUCCGUUUCCAUGGACCUACCAGUACGGCGUUCAACUUUGCGGUGGCCAAGUCGAGUCUUCAGACCAUGGGGAUCACCCAUAUAGAUGACGGCACGCAGGAGAUAUACAAUGCGCAAGACGCCACACCCACACAGACACCACCAUACCAGCCGGCUCCAAUAUAUCCGAACUCUCUGACGUCGAAUAAGGAUCCGUUGUUCGCGAUCAAGCGGGAGGAGGCCAUUCGGCUAUGUCGGGUGUACGAGGAUGAGAUAGGGAUGAUGUACCCCAUGUUUGAUGUGGAAAAGAUGAUCACCCAGACGAAUCUCCUUUUUGCUUUUCUGGAAGCCGCAGACCGAAAUGUCUGCACGGGGAGAUCUAGGUCCAGUGCUGAUUGCCUGAAUGAUGAUGAUACUGCCAUCUUGAAGAUGGUAUUGGCCAUCACGCUUCUCCUUGAAGGUAACGGACAGAGCGAGCUAGGCAACCAGCUGUAUGCCAGUAUCAAAGACAAGAUAGAGACCAACAUUUGGGAGCAGGGAGACCUGAAAAUGAUCAAGCUUCUUACCCUUGUGGCUACUUAUCACUUCCACACGGACGAUGAAGUCCUAGCAUACCGUAUGGUUGGGCUUGCCGCUCGGAUGUGCAUUGAAAUGGGGCUACAUCGGCGGGAGGCCGUCUUGAAGAUGUUCCACUCACCGGAAGAAGUCACCACUGUUUAUCGAAUUUUUUGGUCAGUUUACACGAUGGACAAGCGAUGGGCUUUUGGAACCGGGCUUCCUUUUGUAAUACAGGAUGACGAUAUAGAUCCAUGCUUACCCGAACCAGACGACGGUGUCCCGUAUUUAAGAUCUAUGGUUCAUUACUGCCGUAUAGCUUCCAAAGUAUGGUACUCCGGUUUUGGAUCAAAGGCCGACCUGAACAUCAAAAAGGACAAGAUGGGCUACCUCGAUUAUCAGGUAGUCGAGUGGAUGAAACAUAUCCCAGACCCGCUCAAUUUUUACUCUGUUGAUACUACCCGCAAUACGGACGGCAUGAACCGCGGGAUACAGCGGCUACGCUUCGUUUUGUAUAUUCGGGGAAACCAUAUGAGAAUACUUAUAUACCGGCCGGUACUGCAUUCUGCAACCAGCAUCGUCGAGAAUAUGGCAUAUGCUCAAACCGUUGUAGAUAUUGCCAAAGACACCAUUCGCGUCUUGAGCGAACUCAACCGGACAACCGACAUCUACCGCUCACAGCAGAUUCUCUUCAACUAUUUCCUUGUUGGAGCCCUCGUCGUCCUGUUUCUUGCCAUAUCGCAUGCCCCAGUCAAGUUCAACCGCCAGUUAACGGAAGAGUUCCACAUGGCUCUCAACCUCGUAAAGGGGUUCAGUACCAAGUCUUACAUAUCCAAGCGGCUAUGGAAAAUGAUCAAAGGUCUGCGUGAGGUAGGAGAAAGGCUUGGGCUGCUGCCUCAUGCUCUACCAACAGAGUCGGCAGACCCUCAUUCCUCAGCGGCAGUAGCCAUGGCCGGCCUUGCAGGGCAUCCGGUUGAUGGGAUCUCGCCAUAUGCAGGACAGCACACAAACGGAGAACUAGGGAGCAGCCCAAUGAACGGCAUACAAAUGAGCAACGAGCUUACUUAUCUAUUUGAAGCGAUUGAAAAUUAUAACGGGUACAUCACGACUACUUCGGCACCUGAAGGAAUGAACGGGGGAGGGUUUGCUGGCCCUGAUCAUACCCUGCCUGCCACUGGAGACAGCAUACCCGCAGUGCUGGGCAACGAAGGGGAGUUUUCGAGGAUCAUACAGGAUCUCUUCUGA